GUUUCGACGUGGAAACGCCAACGUGGCAGCGAGUAACCCUUUAUAAUGUGACCAACUUGACGUAAGAAGUAUCAGAUCUGUUGGAUGAAUCGAGCAAUAGCACUAUUCCGGACAUCUCUGAACGAUUGACGUAAUGAAUUUCGCCCUUUCCGCACUAGCCUUGGCUGUCCUAUGGACACUGGCUUAUGGCAGAACAGAGUUAGCGAACAUGAUGGACGAAACUGAAGUGUGUGAUCCGAAAACAGGCAUCGUUUACAAGUUCUUCCCUCAGUUUAGAAACAGAUGGGAUCUCGCUAGGGAUAAGUGCCAAGACGAUGGCGGAAAGCUGGCCACCAUAAACUACCAAGGACUGCAUAGACGAAUUAAGAGACAUAUCAAUGCCUACCCUGACACUUUGACGCCCCAGGGCUUGGGAUACUGGUUUGGAUUGAACGACAGAAUUGAAGAGGGUGUAUACAAAUUCGUGGACAACGAAGACUUUGUCUACACGGAAGGCUGGUACUCCGAGGCUCUUGGGGGAGUUAUGGUCUCACAGCCCAAUAACAAUGUCGACGAAGAUUGCCAUGGACAGGACUGUGGUCAGUUAUGGCGACGUCCCAAAUCAGGUCCAGCAUAUGACUUUGAUGAUGCUUACUGUCUGGAGCUUAAAUCGUUCAUAUGUGAAUAUCCAGCAGGCACUGGCGGAUGUGUUAUUGAAGCUUAGAAUGCAUAAUGCAGAACUCUAAAGUGGAAAUAUUUUUGCUUCAGCAUCAGCACGAAACAACUGAACGACGCAACGAAAAUAAUUAAUGAGACGAACUUCUCCUCCAAUCAGAAAUAUGUUACAAAUAAAAAUGUAUAGGUAUUCAGUAAUUUAGUUAUGUGUAUUUAUUGUUCAUAGUACGGUAAACCAAUAAUAAACCAAUAACUCACCAAA